AAUAUUUCGCUAAAUUUUCACUACUUCUGCAGUCUUUCUUUUUUUUUUCUUUUAAAUUUAACUCAGAUGGCUGUCUCAGAACCUUAUUCUCUUCUACCCUAGGCCUGAGAGUAAGUAGAGUAUAUCAAGGUAGCAAUUAAUCCAGUCUCCUGAAGCAGAGUCCUGGCAGUUUUUAGCACAUAGUGGGACUUUAAUAGAUACUUAUUGCUUAAAUGAAUACAGAAUAGAUUAGAACUCAUUAGUAGAGUUUUUCAUUCUUUAUCACUGGUGGUAAACUGGGUCGUAUUUAUUGGAAAACUAGGGCACUUGCCUUUUAAAAUGCUGCCUCUCUCUAGCAGAUUCUUUCUUCCGAACAGAAACAACUUUAAAAAAUCUCUUUAACUCUCCUUUCUUGACAAAACCUAGGAAAAACUCCAAAGGAAGUUUCCUCGGUAAAUUUGAGUCAAUGUUGAAAACAGAUAGGAAUGUGGAUACUAGCGGUCCCUCAUUAACCCUAAAGUCGCUGGAUGUGUGAGGAAGUAUAUAAAGGUAGUCUAAGAGACUAGAAGCUGGUAGCAGGUGCCAGGGUGUGGCUGCGGUUGUCUCCCUUCUCUCUUCCAGUAGAAGGAGCCACUUCUGUGAGGAGGGAACUGAGAGAAAGAGAGAGGGAGACAGAGAAUGAAGAGGGGGAGAGGGAUGAAGGGAGGGUAGAGAGGGGAGGAGGAAAAGAGAGCCCGGAGAUUGGGGAGAGAGCCUGUAAAGCUCUCUGCUCAUACGCACGCCGCCUCUGUUUGUACACAGUGCGCUCUUCAGCCGGCACAGCUCUCUCCUCUUGUCCUCCCGCUUCAUUGUUCUCCAAGUCAGAAGCCCCGCAGGAGUGGCAGAGAAAACAGCCUAAGGAGAGCUGCGCGCGGACUGCGGGCUUCCUCACAGCCCCAGGUUUACCCGGGGAAAGCCGUCCGGAGCCUCGCAGCGCGGAGCCGCGCUCCCACACAUAUCUCCGCCUCCCAGGACUCGUUUCCUCUCUUCUUCCCAGCUUAUGACUGAGUUGCAGCACUUUGGCUGAGCCGCGCUGGGUUAUUCUGGUAUUCUACCCGCAACCCUUUGCCAAAGAUCCGGCAAAAGAAGAGGGAAGCGUUCUCUUUCUCCAUCCUCUUUUUCCUCUUCCUCUCUCUUUUAAAGAUUUGUUUCUUUCUAAUUUUCUUAAGAGAAGGGUUGAGAGAAGAAGACAUAUUUAGUGUGAGGGAUUGCCUGGCACCCAGAGCCCUAUCUCUGAGAACCCCAUCACCCAGACGCUCUCUCUUUCCCCGACCCUUUUCCACCGGGGUCGCUCCAGUGGAGAAAAGAUCAUGAACCGCUUGGUAGCAGCCUGGCUCAUGUUCGGUCUGAGCCUCUGCGUCCCUCAAUUCACCAAAGGUGAUAUUUGUGACUCUAAUCCAUGUGAAAAUGGAGGAAUCUGUUUGACAGGACUGGCUGAUGAAUCUUUUUCCUGUGAGUGUCCAGAUGGCUUCACAGAUCCCAAUUGCUCUAGUAUUGUGGAGGUUGCAUCAGAUGAGGAACCAACUUCAACAGGUCCCUGCCUUCCUAACCCGUGUCAUAAUGGGGGAACAUGUGAAAUCAGUGAAGCUUACCGGGGGGAUACAUUCAUAGGAUAUGUGUGUAAAUGUCCUAGAGGAUUUAAUGGAAUCCACUGUCAACACAACAUAAAUGAAUGUGAAUCAGAACCCUGCAAGAAUGGUGGGAUCUGUACUGAUCUUGUUGCCAACUAUUCCUGUGAGUGUCCUGGUGAAUUUAUGGGAAGAAACUGCCAGUACAAAUGCUCUGGUCCCUUGGGGAUUGAAGGAGGUAUCAUAUCGAACCAGCAAAUCACAGCUUCAUCAACCCAUCGAGCACUUUUUGGGCUGCAAAAAUGGUACCCUUACUAUGCACGACUUAACAAGAAGGGGCUUGUAAAUGCCUGGACUGCCGCAGAAAAUGACAGGUGGCCAUGGAUUCAGAUAAAUUUGCAAAGGAAGAUGAGAGUGACUGGCGUUAUCACCCAAGGAGCUAAAAGGAUCGGAAGUCCAGAAUAUAUAAAAUCCUACAAAAUUGCAUAUAGUAAUGAUGGAAAGACUUGGGCAAUGUAUAAAGUAAAAGGAUCCAAUGAAGACAUGAUAUUCCGUGGAAAUGUGGACAACAAUACCCCUUAUGCCAACUCUUUCACUCCUCCAAUAAAAUCUCAAUAUGUCCGACUGUAUCCCCAAGUGUGUCGGAGACACUGUACUUUGAGGAUGGAGCUUCUUGGUUGUGAACUAUCUGGUUGUUCUGAGCCUCUGGGAAUGAAAUCAGGACAUAUACAAGACUAUCAGAUUACUGCAUCCAGCAUCUUCAGGACUCUCAACAUGGAUAUGUUCACAUGGGAACCCAGGAAAGCCCGGCUAGAUAAACAGGGAAAAGUGAAUGCCUGGACCUCAGGCCACAGUGACCAGUCACAAUGGUUGCAGGUGGAUCUUCUAGUCCCUACCAAAGUGACUGGCAUCAUUACCCAAGGAGCUAAAGAUUUUGGUCAUGUACAAUUUGUAGGUUCCUAUAAACUGGCAUAUAGCAAUGACGGAGAACAUUGGACUGUAUACCAGGAUGAAAAACAAAGAAAAGAUAAGGUUUUCCAGGGCAAUUUUGAUAAUGACACACAUCGAAAAAACGUCAUUGACCCUCCCAUCUAUGCACGGCACAUAAGGAUCCUUCCUUGGUCCUGGUAUGGCAGGAUCACCUUGCGGUCAGAGCUGUUGGGCUGCACUGAGGAGGACUAAGAAGGCCCAGAAGUGCUUGGAAAUUCUUGCUCUCUAUAUCCUGAAAAUAUAUUUCCAUAGAAUAAACUGUGCAAAACCUGUAGGAAACUGAAUGUUUUGUUUUGUUUUUUCAUGAAAAAAGUGCUCAAUUUAUGGUAGGCUGCUCAUUGUCUUUUCUAAAGCCUGCCCUUUAAAUGAUUCAACUUGUUUUUUUUUUUUUUUUCCCUUUAGAUCUUUUCAUGUACUAAUUUCCUCACACUGUAGAAUCACUUUUCUCAUAAUCUUUGGAGUUGUUCGCACUGGUUGAAAUAUGUUAGGAAAAGAGAGUAGUGUCUUUUUUUUUCUUUUUCUUUUUUUUUUUUUUUUUGACACAGAAGGCAGAAUGUUCUGGUUGCCUCAUUGUGGAGGUAAAGUUGAAACUAGCCUCCUACUUGUAAAAAAUUAAAAAAAAAGAAGACUGCAAAUUAGCAACAAGUUUUGUUUUGUUCUUUUUCCCCUUUUUAAAAUAACUUAAUUGUUUCCUUAUGCCAACCAACCAUUGUCAGUAUUUAUUGCACUUUUUUUUUUGGGGGGGGGGAAUCUGUAGUAUGCGUUCAUUGGUGAUAUUAAAAACUACCUUCCAAUUCUAUUCUUCAUCUAUUUAUAAAACUCUUGAAGUUUCUCUCCCACAUAAUACCAUUCAGUUUUCUCUCAUUAGUGCAUGGCCUUAAUAGAUCUAAAUUUUUCCGAUUAAAUCUCAUUUUAUUUGAUAUAUAUAUAUAUAUAUAUACAUAUGGUAAAGAACUUAAUAUGAGACCCUCUCAAAAUCCCAGAAAUAUCCAUUGCUUUAUUCUGAAGGGAAGCCAUAACUACAAAAAUGCCACAAAUAAAUAACCCCAACCAUGCUGUCAUUUGGCAAUAUAGUUAUUAAAGGAAAAUUUUAAAAGUGCCCUUGCACUCCUUAAAGUCUACAUUUUCCCCAAUUAUCACAUUUGUUUUUUUUUUAAAUGUUAGCAGUAUAAUUACAAACUCAGUUUGAUAUUAUCCUACUAUAGGUUUCUUAACUUUAUUAGUCUGUCAUGACUCACUUUGAUAGAUUAAAAAAAAAAAAAGACUAGAAUCUCCCUUUCUCAGCAUAAUGCUUUUAAAUGUAUAAAAUAAAAUGCAUAGUAUUGCAAAGUAAAUCAAUUAUAUUGAAAUAAUUAUCAAAUUUUUAUUUUUUUCAAUUACAAGCAUUCAUUUCCCCUCCUACCUCUUUCUAUCAACUUGCAAGAGGAAGAAAAGAAGGAAGGAACUCCUCUCUCACAAUUACAGUCAACAAAACAUAGGCCAACAUAUUCUUACAUUGUUCAUUCCCCAAGAUAAAUCUGUUAUUCUUCUUAUUAGUCUAAAGAUGUAUCCAUCUUUAUCAAUUCUCUGGAAUUAUAAUCAUUUAGUUAGUUAGAGUUCACAAGAAUUUCAAAAUCAUUCAUUUUUUAUAAUAUUCAUGUUACAGUAGAAAUUGUUCUCCUAGUUCUGCUUACUUUAUUUUGCAUCAGUCCAUACAUGUUUGUCAAUGUCUCUUUAAAACUGUCAUUUUCCUCAUUUCUUAUAGCACAAUUAUAUUUCAUUACAUUCAUACAACACAAUUUGUUCAAAUUGCUCAAAAUAUUUUUUAAAAAAUAAUCAGGGACCCCAAAUUAAUAAUUCUACUCUUCAAUAUGUUUAUUUUAAUAGAGGCUGCAUAAUUUUGCCCAAAGUGCUUGACUUAUAUAUUGUUUACAGCACUCCAAAAUAAAUAAAAUAUCACUGAGAUUGGAAACUGAUGUUCCUAAGAGAAAACACAUUUCACAAGCCUCAGUUGGAGCAGGGGGGAACAUCCCUAAAGACAAAAGUCUCCCUUUUUUUCAAAACAGAAAUCCAGUUCUAUAUAUUAUUGCAUUUUAGGAACCCUAAAGACAUUUAUAAACAAUUUUGGAAACAAUUUGAUACAGAAAAUGGAGGUUUUGUUUUCCAAAAUCUCUCAAGUUACUUGAAUUUUUUUUUAAAGGGAAACAUAUUCUAAAGAAACAGAGAUGUCACUACAAAAGUAUUGAUCCUUCAAAGUGUAUUUGUAUUAGUAUUUAUUUUCUAAGGCUUAGACAUAGGAUUUUCAAAGAUUUAAUUUAAGGGUCCUAUAAAAGGAAAAAAAAAAAGAAAAUAAUGUAUAUGUACAAAAUGUUACAGUCCUGUGCAACAACAUUAAAUUUUUAGGUUGUUUUUUUUUUUUUUCAUUUCAUUUGUGCUACAUAAUAAAAGCCACUAGACUGUUACUGUCUUGUCUCUUAAGUGUGUUAACAGCAUUCCUUAAUGAUGUAUAUACAAAGUGGUCUUCAAUCAUAGUGAACAAUUUAAAAGAGAAAGUCAAUCAUAGUGGCAUUUUCCCCAAUGGAACAAGAAAGAGAUCACAGAAGUUGGUCACUGACCAACUGCCUCAAAAAAGAUCACUUUAGGCUCUAAUGAUAAAGCUUUUUUUAAAAUAUUUCAUUGGUAAUUUUUUCCUAUUAGCCUUCAAAAUUUAGGAUUCUAUUUCCUCAAUUAUUAGGUUACUCAUUUAUGUUAUUUUCCAGUUGAAGUGUAUUUUUUAUUUAAGUUCUUUUGCUCAUAAAAUUUCUUGGUUCAUGAAAAACACAACGAAAUGUCAAGACUAAAGUCCUUUUCCUAUCAAAUUCAAUAACCUAAUUCCUUUCUCACUAUAUUUAUUACCUAUCUCUUUUAUGGAUUGUGUUUCAUAGCUUCAUCCUUAUGAGCCUGAAGAGAGAGCUCAAGAUGUUAAGAUUAAUGCUUUGUAGUGAUUUAUGGAGAAAAAAACAUCACUUUUGAUGCCAUCAGAUACUAUAUUGGGUUUUUUUUCUAGUGAUACUAUUUUUUCCUAUCAGUUUGGAAAACAUUGGUAAAGUUGCAAUUGUAAACUCAGUAAUAUGUUGGAAGGCAUUCUGUUAUCUUGCUUUUGUAUUUCUUCACUGAUACUAAGAGUAAAUGUGACUUAUAUGUCACCUGCCUUUUUCUUAUUUGCUGGCAAUACUGGAGUUUCUAUAUUUGGAAAGGUGGGAAAAUGUGAAAACGUCCUUAACUUUUGUAUCAAUUGUUUAAUGAUCCUGAACUGGAGCAAAAAUAUUGGAUUUCAACUUCACAUUAAGCCAGUUAAAUAUGAAUAGGCAGAACACACAGAAAGGUCUAGAUUUAGAAUUUCUAGGAUUUAAGAUAUGUUAAUGCACUGGUCUGGAAAUUCUAAAACACACACACACACUCACACACACACACAUAAACACACUGGUUUUAUCUAUGUCCUAAUAAAUCUUUUGUCACAGCUUCUGGUUUUGAUCUUUAUAUUGACUUUCUCUUUUGGAAUGAUCACAUACAGAUUAGUGUGAACUCUGAAGACCCAAGGGUACUAAUGAGUGUAUCUUUGCUAGAUAACAAAUUAUGAAUUCUAAUAUUCAGUUCUGGCUUCUGAUGUUUCAGUAAGCACAGAGGUACCUGAGACACAUGACUUUUGCAACCUUUCAAGCUGUGUAAUAUUCAGAUGUUUUGUAUAUACUUAAAUCAUGUAGAAUGAUAGUAUGACCUUGUCUAGUCUUCAAACUUACAAUAAAACCUUUGAAAAUCUAGGAUACUUUUGAAGCAGUUGUAAUUAAAUACAUUUGUAAGAAUGCACAA